UAAACAUGGCGCCGUGGAGAUUACUGAAUUGUGUUUAGUGGUUGUGUGUCUGCGAUUUGUGUAGUGCGACGAUUUUCCAUUUGUCACCAUAUCUUGUCAUCGCGUCAACGCGUUCCUGAGAAUGUUACCCGAUUACGGUUAAAGUUCCAUUGAGAAUUCCACGCCAAAGUUGAAGUUUCAGAGAAAAUGUCGAAGAAGAACAGAAAACGGAAGUUGGAGGGAGAGGAGCAGACUAUGGUCGAUUGGGAGCAGGAGAAUUUUUUUUCAGAAGAAAUAAGAAAUGAAAUGGAGAGCAUGUGGGAGAUACCACAGAUAUUUCAUUUUCUUCAUUUGGCUAAAAAUGCUCUGAAUAUACCUCACUUAUCGAUGUACGAAAUGGAACGAAUGCUUUUGAUACCAAGAGCUUCCAAGCAAUUGGCAAAUAUUAUGACAUCUUUGUUGAGCUCCCCCAUGACCAAAGCAAAGUUGAGGAAAAUACCACCGAUGCCAUACGAGUUCUGGACGAAUAUUCUCGCGUACAAGAUGAAAAGUUGGUUCAAAAUAUUCGAGGCUAAACACCGGGACGCAGUAAAAGUUCUAGAAAUCAUCGGCGUGGAACCGGAGUUCUGGAGUGUUUUCCCCGAUGCUCCUCUGCUGAAUGGCAAGGAUUUCGAGGAAUUGACAUUCAAACAGAAGGUCUGGCUAUUAAAAACAAUCUGUGAUACAGUGAUGCACACCAGAAAAACUGUGCAAGAGGCAGUGGGCAAGCAACCGUGGGAAGACCAGAUCGAAACAAUUCUGGGCACUGAUCGUUAUGGAGCAAGAUACGUUUACUUUCCACAAUUUCUGAAAAGCGACUUGAGGAUCUACAGGCAUUCUCUAGAUAACAACAUUCUAUCAACGGUGAAGCCAAUCAAACCAAAGCUGAAGGCAGACCCAGGAAAGAAGACGUUACAUGCAAGCUUGAUAAAAAAAAGGGCCAAGUACAGAAGAAAAAAAUCGCGUUGGAGCACUGGCUUGACACCAAAGUCAAGCAAGAAAAAAGUGAACAAAUCUGACGAGAAACAUGUGAACGACUGCAAGUGUAGCAGCGACAGUGCAACAGGCUCGUUGAUAAAUGAGGACACCAAUCUGAGCAGUACAAGCACCUGUAGUAAUAAUAAUAAUAAUAAUAAUAGUAGUAGUAAUAACAAUAACGUUAAUUUAGACACUGUCGAUAUCAAGAAAUCCAGAAGUCCGUCAAAAUGUUCAGAAAUGAGCACGGAAUCCGAUAAAACGCGUUGUAAAAGUGUAAAAUCGAGUGGCUACGAUACGAACAGUUCUAUGGGCACCAUUUCGAAAAAUAGGUCGUCUCAGAAAAUGUUCAAGGGAUUCUCAGACAAUAGCAGUAACAAUAAGUGUAAUAUAAAAAUAAUCAACGGAAUUUUGUGUAAUUUAAAAGCAGGAACUAGCGAAGAGAAUAAUAGUACGGAAGAUACCUCUCAGAUUACGUUAGAAUUAAACCCAAUUAGACAACAAUAUUUAGAUACGAUGGACUUGCAUAUUGCCAGAGGGGAUUCUGCCGAUAGAACCAUCGAUAAUUUGUCCAGUAUUUCAAAGACAGAUGAUGAAAAGCUGAAUGAAAUUAUCAGCGCUGAAAGUUCGAAGUUAAAUGAUAAAGAUAACGUUCAUACUGUUAUAGAAACGCACCAGAUAUCGAUCACUUCAAAAUCUGACGACGAAAAGUUGAACGAAACGAGAACGUCUCAUAGACAGGAAGAUAGUGCUAGUUCUUCUGGGAGAAAUGGGAAAGAGAGUAUUGUCAGACAGAAUGGAGGACUUGGCAAAGAACAGAAGCCGGACAAAACACCGUUAAAGUUGGAUGAUACGAGCAAAAGUACAAAUGAAGUAGACUCUUUCGAUGACACGGAUCUUUCUUUGAGUGAAUUGAGAAGCAUGCUACAGAAAGAAGCGAUGGACGAUGAUUUUUCUUUAGAUGAAGAGACCGAGGUUAAAUAUGAUCUUAGGAAAUCGAAGUAUAAAAAAACGGAAGGGUGGAAACAAGAAAAGGAGAAUUUUAAUGAAAUGCUUCUGGAACUUAGUGCUUCGAAAUUUCAACUUGUGGCUGACAGUAUUAGUUCAUUUAAAGAGCUCAUCGCUAGUUUUUCACUUAAGAACCUCAUCUCUACUUUUUCACAAAAACGUAACGGUUCACAUGCUGACAGUGACGGUGAAAUUGAACCUAUGCCUCCCUGCGAAGUAAAAUUGAUCCAAAGAAUGACAGAGUUGCUAUCCUCUUUAGAGGGAAUGGAGCCUGCUUUGCGAGAUUCAAUGAAGAAAGCAAGGGGAAAACUCCAAAAGGAAUGGACAAAUUUUAAAGCAGGCAGUGCGGAGGAUCAGGACUCAUCCGGGGAGGGUCUUGGCUCUAAUUGGUGGGUUCUUGGAUCGCAGGGCUGUCCACUGCCAACUUCCGGAGACACAACGUUACAAACGUUAUCGCAACCUACCGUAUCCCCAACUGGCUCCCAAACCGUCUCGAACAAACAUGAAGAAGAGCAGAAUAACCACGCAGAACACGAUAAAACCGUCGAUCAAGAGUGCAAGGAAUCUCAGGAUGAGAACGCGGAAAGCGAAGCGCAAGGAGGGCAACCCGAACGAGACGAAGGUAACAGUCAAGACAACACUCAAAGAGCGGAAAAAGAGACGAAAGAAGAUUCAAGCGAAGAAGAACAGCAUACCCGAAGGGUAUUACGAGCCCGUGGAAUCUCUUCAUACACAGAACAGUUCUAUUCAGACGACGAGAUCGAGGAGAACGAGCUGGAGGAAUGGGCCGACGUUGAGGCCGUGUACGCGGCUCCCAGCGCACAGGUCGAUACAUCCGCUGCUCACCUUACUCCGAAAAUCAGACACGCUGACGACCGUACAAACGAGGAGGACUCAGACCAAGAUUGGAUUUUACCGAGCUCUCGCAAAAGGAAAAAUAAACGUCCAUCUGCCAAUCGGAGAUUAAAGGCUUUCCAACAUAAACUACAAAAUAUCAAACUUGGUGCCCUCCAGGACGCGGCAGAUUCAAGAUUGAUCUCUCCCUCAAAUAUAUGCAGUGAAAAUAAGAAACUAAAUGUCGCAGAAACCCUAAUAUCUAAGUCAAACGAGCCAGCCAGUCCAGAGGCUACUAAUAGCAGCAGUACCAUAGAAAACAAUGAGACUGUGGUAGAGAAUGAUCUUAAAGAAAGAGUGCCUUCCACGGAAACAAGCUGCAAAGUAGAAAAUGUCACGAGCGUGCAUUCAGAGCUGGACAUCAAAGACGAGGGGCCGAUCUACGAUUAUACGAGUCAAAUUGAUAAUAGCUACAUCACAAACCCUAAUUCUAAUUACUUAAUGCUCAAAACUGAUCCAACGAAUUACUACCUGAUGCAACCGAAUCCUGUUAUUCCACAAAACGCUCUCGUGCAACCUAGUCCAGUAGUCUCGAAUAUCGUACCACCGAUUCCACACGGUUAUUACGUACAAGGGGGGCAAAAUUACAUUAUCCAAAGUCCACAAGCCGGCUUCCUACCACCUCAGCAUUUUCAACCUCAAGGACCACAAAUGAUGGCGCCACAACAAUUUGUCAAUCAUUCUGGUUACUUACCCUGCAUGGUAGCGGCUCAACCCCAACCUGGAUACGUAGCUACAGAACAACAAAUGAUUUCUCAAAAUCCUUCGCUACCAAUUUACACUAAUCCCGCUGCAUUGCCCAGACCACCGCAAAACAGGUAUCCUGUGCCGAGACAGAACUAUCCACAUCCUAAUGGGGCAGUCAUAAGAAGUAGUAUGCCCAUAAGGGGAAACACUCCAAGGGCUAAUAACGCUAGAAUCACGAAAAACCUUCAACAGCAACGCAAUACCCCUGUUAGGAUGCCGAAGCCGAGAAAGCUGAACACACCUGCAGAAAACAUCAACCAGAAGACUACUUCUUUGAUCGUUCUCAGCGACAGUGACGACGAAAUUGAGAUGAUCAUUACCGAGAAGACUGGUCCCGAGACUGAAUCGGAAAAAGCGAAGACUACACCUAAAAGAAACAACGUGCAGGUUAAGCAGAAACCGGCAGUUACUUCGGAUGUCGCGAUAACUUCAACAAAAGGUGCCAUCCCUCCGCAGAUACUUCAACGCAUGAAUCAAGGAGGCAUAUCGAUAACGCCAGUUAAACCUCCACCACCGAUACAAAAUACUAGUACACAGCUAGUGGUGGUCGUGAACGAAACUGGAAGCCAUUAUGCCUUAUCAUUACCCAAUGGAAGCAAACUGAUCCUCACUCCUGAACAGGUGGCACAGAUACGAGCUUCGAACGGUGGAAAGCUGAUCUUAUAA